GCAGAGAUUUAGCCAAGACGUAAAACAUAGAGUGAGUUUAGGAUAUUAAAUCGCUUAUUUUUAAGAUAAUUAUUGGUUCGCUAUCGGGGACUCUGGCAGGAGUCGCGCUCACUGUGGACGUGGUCAGCUGGCGUGUCCCGACUUGGAGUGACGGCCCAGUAAACCUAUGAUCCCCCCCCCCGAAACAUUAGAUUUUUUUUUUUUUCGUUUCUGACUAAGUGUAAACGUUAACUUUUUUUCCCCUUUAUCUUGACCUGUUUACACGGCCGACAGUAGAAGAGCAGGGGACGGUCAGCUUCCAAGAUGUCUGUGGCGGGUUUGAAGAAGCAGUUUUAUAAAGCCAGUCAGAUGGUGAGUGAGAAAGUUGGUGGUGCAGAAGGAACCAAACUAGAUGAGGACUUCAGGGACCUGGAACGGAAGGUUGAUGUGACCAGUAAAGCAGUAGCGGAGGUUAUCUCCAAAACAUCGGAGUACCUUCAGCCCAACCCAGCAUCUCGUGCAAAACUGUCCAUGUUGAACACCAUGUCUAAGAUCCGUGGUCAGGUGAAGAACCCAGGAUAUCCUCAAGCUGAAGGGCUGCUAGGAGAAUGUAUGGCCAAGUAUGGACGGGAACUUGGAGAAGACACUAACUUUGGUGCUGCUCUAGUAGAUGUGGGAGAGGCAAUGAGGCGGUUAGCAGAGGUCAAAGACUCUCUAGACAUCGACGUAAAACAGAACUUUAUUGAUCCAUUACAAACUCUGUGUGACAAGGACCUCAGAGAGAUACAGCACCAUCUGAAGAAGCUUGAAGGCCGUCGGCUGGAUUAUGACUACAAAAAGAAGCGCCAGGGCAAGAUUCCUGAUGAGGAAGUUCGACAGGCCCUUGAAAAGUUUCAUGAGUCAAAGGAAGUGGCUGAGACCAGCAUGUACAACCUGCUGGAGACUGAUAUUGAACAGGUGAGCCAGCUUUCAUCUCUCGUCGAGUCGCAGCUACAGUACCAUAAACAAGCGGUGCAAGUGCUGGAGGAGCUUUCUGAUAAGCUGCGUGACAGGAUGACUGAAGCUCAGUCUCGACCAAGACGAGAGUACACACCUAAACCCAAACCCAUCUUUGACUUUGGAGAAAACAACCACUCCAAUGGAGGUUACCCAUCCUCAAUGGCGCCUCCUCCUUCACGCAACUCUGCCCCAGAGCAGCCCAGCUGCAAGGCCCUGUAUGACUUCGAGCCAGAGAAUGAGGGGGAGCUGGGCUUCCACGAAGGCGACAUCAUCAUCCUGACCAACCAAAUCGAUGAAAACUGGUACGAGGGCAUGCUGAACGGCCAGUCAGGAUUCUUCCCCCUCAACUACGUCGAGGUCCUUGUUCCAUUGCCACACUAAAACAAAGAGAGCGCUGGAAGGAAUUUAGAGGCGGAAACAUUGUGGUGAAGAAGAAAAGUGAAGAUAUGAGGCGGUCUACAAAGGUUUCAAUUUCACUUUGAGCUUCAUCGUCAUCACCAGAAGCAAGCACUUUUUGUAAACACAAGAUCUGGAUAUGAUAUCAAACCAGAAGACAACUUUUUUUUCCUCAGAAAAACAAAACCCAUCCAGACUAGGACUGUGACAAAACCUCUUAAUCCUUCAUGGGACAGUAGGAAUAAUUCUGUGGGGACUAACUGUUGGCAAUAUAUGAGCAAUACAUUUUUCAUCACAAAUAGGUGACAAGGUUUUAAGUCUUCUUAACAGGUCGACACACAGAUCCUUGUGGGGUUUUUUUGUAAUUGCAGUCUCUUUUUGAGUCUGGUAGGUGAUCGAUCUAACGUUAAUUAGAGUAGCGCUGUUGUAGGUUGAAUAUAUCGCCUCAGAUCUCAGUGAAUUUCAUGUGAACUUAACUGAAAAUUCCACCAGAGCUCUGCAGUGUAUACCUUGAUGCCACCUUCUGGCAAGAUGAGGGAUUACUUCACCUCCAUGAAAUUGAAAUGAAACAUGGAUAAAUAUUGUUGUAUUUCAAAAAUAAUUUUAUAUUGGCAAAUUAUCUAAUUUUGACUGUUUCAAAGUUUGUUUUUUUGUCUCGUGGCUGUGUGGUCAUGACUGGAUCAGCAGCCAACAGAUUUGACAGGAUCUACCUUUACUUUCAGUGUUUCUGUCCUUAUACCUUCAGUUUUCAGGAAUUGUGGAAACAUUACUGAGCACCGGUGGUGAAAUGAGAUUAACACAGACAUACUCUGCCGUUCUACACAGACCCAAAGGAAAAUGCCGUGGUUGCACAGUUUCUUCAGUGUGUUUAGUUUAGGAGGCAGAGCCAAAAAGACUGUAAAAUGCAAUGGAAACAUUUAGUGUCUGUUUGUCCGCUAAUGACCCUAUAACACAGCCAUAAAUUCCUGUAGGUUUCGACUUCCGUAUUUUAGCAUGUUUUCCUUUUUUGAAACCUUUUUUUUCUGAGCCCUGUCCUCGGCACCGUUUGAAUUCAUGCUGUGCCUGAAUAGCUGACGCUGCCGGCAGCGGGCUAGCCUUUUAUAUUCACCACUAACUGUCCUACUUUUACUAUCCGUCUUUAUGUCUCAGAGAAUGUGAACCUGAUCAGUCUGGACCUGUAAUUCUAUACCUUAACCAUGAAUCGGACCUGACAGAUGUGUUAUUGUCUCAGGCUGACUGUUCAGACAGAGCUGGCUUUCUGGUUCUGAACCGUCCAAACCCACAGUCUUCAUCGAACUUCACAGCUAUGAGUGAGAGAAGGAGGAAAGUUUAAACGGGGAAAACAUCAAGGGAUGCACGAUUGGUAAAAAACUGUUUUCCAUUUGGAUAAGCAAAGGCUGCAAUUGUUACCAGGAGUUAACCUUCAGAUUGUGAAGGUUGUUUUUGGUGUUUAUAUUUGUGAAUGUUUGUGCUUUGUAAUCAUUCACAGAGGUCUUGUGUUUUAUUUCCAUCCUUCCGUCUGUUGUCCACCACUCCAUUCUGCCUGCUGACUCUUCCAUCUUUCUGUGGUCAUGAUCCGAUACGUUUACAUCUCUGACCAUGAUACAUUUCAAUGUUUGUAUAUAUUUCAAAACUAAAGGGCGUAAAAGGUGCUGUGAUGAUAACAUUAGUCAAGAGUCAGGCAUGCAUGUUUUAGUGCCUUUGGAAAUUAAAAGAGGGACUGAAGAACAACCAAAAUUAACUAGUUUAGUCAAAUUCUCUAUAGAUGUUUUUAUUUCUACCCGUUGGCACUUUUAUGUGUUUUUACAUGCAUGUGUCUAUUUCUUCACAUGGAUGACACUACAGACAGUUUCCUGGACAUGUUCAGACUGCUCAAAGAUCUCAUCAGAAGAUCCACGGGAACUGCGUUCUUUCUAUUUAGAUUGAUAUCAUUGUUGGUUUUAAAGUCAUACCUUUCCUUAAAGGGCUAUGUAUUUGUUUAACCAGUCUUACAUUCUCCUUAAACUGCAAUAAACUGCUAUGAAUUUCUAUAGUGUUAUUUUUUUAUAUAAGACCUUAAAACAUUUCACAUAAUCUCUGCAUGUAGACCUAUGUUACUCAUUGUACCUAUGUAUCUUAGAUUUCAUUUACUGUUUGUUAUGCAUAAAGAAUUUAACUGCAAUAUUUUUUUUUAUCAUCACAUUUGUUUGUGCUUCCUUCUCAUUUCCUGUUUACCAACUUCUUACAUUAAAUAAA